AUGGCUAGCUCUGAAAAUGACCUCCUCACCGAUGUUCCUGGCACGGUUUAUCUAGUGGAUGCAUCGCAUGCAUUGCAAGACGCGGCCCACGCUGGCAAACAAGAUAUUGUUCUGUUACCCCAGCCGUCAAACUCCCCGGCAGACCCCCUAAACUGGUCGCGUGCAAAGAAACUAUGGUCCCUGUUUUUGAUAUCAGCCUACGCUUGCGUUUUCUCAUUUGGCGAAAACAACACUGGGGCAAGCUGGACCCUGAUUUCAGAUGAUACUGGAGUCAGCAUAAAUAAUAUGAACGGUGGAUCUGCACUCAACUAUCUACUUUUAGGGUUCUUCAACAUCAUAUGGAUCCCGUCGGCAAUGAAGUUCGGUCGCAAGAUCGUGUUUAUUUCGAGUUUGCUGAUCCUUUGUGGAGGCAGCAUUUGGGGAGGCUUGUACCACGGCGUCGCUCAAUAUUUCAUCGUCUCGGCACUCCAGGGUGUAGGUACUGCGGCCUAUCAGGCAUUGAUUCAACUUACCAUCUUCGAUAUAUUUUUCACGCAUGAAAGAGGCCGCAUGGUUGCCACUUACAUCUUCUUCCAGCAGCUCGGGUCUAUUUUGGGGCUUAUUCUGGGAGGAUAUAUUUCAGAUGGAAUUGGCUGGCGUUGGUGCUCCCCCAUCGUGGCCAUUGCAUGCGGUGUUCUCAUCAUACUUUUCGUGUUCACCUUUGACGAUACCAUGUUCCCAAGGUAUCGAUUUAAGACCCCACGUCAUGAGCGAUCAGAGCCGAUGGAACGUGCAGCGGAUGGUGUCGAAUCCGAGAAAAAGACAGGGCUCGAGUCCCCAAUAACCGAAGUCGAGAGUAACAGUCUAGGCGAAGACAUCACCACUAGAACAUACUUACAGAAGAUUGCAUUGGUUCAUUACUUCGCAGAUGACCACACAACCUGGUUUCAAUACUUCCGUCGCCCGUUCUACCUCUUCGCCUUCCCCAACAUCGUACUUGCUGGAAUCCAGUUUGCAUUCGGAUGUACUGCAGGUAUUGUGACCUUCAACACUAUCUCCGAAAUAAUGACAGAGGCCCCGUAUAACUGGAGUGCUGGAUCUGCCGGCCUGAUCUUCCUAGCCGCUCUAGUUGGAAAUAUACUCGGUAUGGGGGUCGGUUGGCUGUCAGAUUGGGUCGUUUUGAUCCUCGCAAGACGAAACAACGGAUACAAAGAGCCAGAGAUGCGUCUCUGGGCAUACAUAUUUCCCUUCAUCUUUGGCGCCAUUGGGUACUUUACGUACGGCUGGGCCGCGACAAAUGGCGAUCACUGGAUAGCCAUUGCGGUGGCACUGUGCUGCUUGAUUGCGCAACAAGUUUCGUUGACAAGUAUGGCCACAGCAUACGCAAUGGAAUGUUUUGAUGGAAUUUCCGGCGAACUUGUUGUUGUACUUGCAAUCUGCUCCUCACUAAUCAACUUCGCCAUCUCGUACUCCGUUCAGCCCUUCAUAGAUGCCACGAAUUACGGAUGGGCAUUCACAUUUUUCGGCAUCUUGGUUGUUCUUGCCGUUUUGAUGGGGAUCCCAAUGAUAAUAUGGGGGAAAACAUGGCGCCGAAAUUGCAAUGGGCGGUAUGAGAAGUUCUUGGCAGAAGCUGGGUUUGACACUCGUUGA